CUGUCAGGUCUCAAGAGGAACUUCAACGACGCCCCCGAGCGCGUGGCGUUCAGGUCCAAGCAGAACCUGGACUACUCGUUCCUGAUCCACUUCAGCGCGGGUUUGGGCCGGUUCUACCUGCAGCUGGAGGACGACGUGCUCUCCGCCCGCAGCUUCCUGUCCACCAUCCGGAGGCGCGUAACGGAGCAGAGCCAGAAGACGCCAUCCUGGGCCAUGCUGGAGUUCUCCAGCCUGGGCUACAUCGGGAAACUGUACCGGGCCGAACAGCUCCCCCUGCUGGCGCGCUUCCUCUUCCUCUUCUACCAGGAGAUGCCCUGCGAUUGGCUGAUGUCCCACUUCCGGGAGCUGAUGACCCAGAAGCAGACCAUCGUCUUCAAGCCCUCCUUGUUCCAGCACAUGGGCACCUUCUCCUCCUUCCAGGGGACCUACAACAAGCUGAAGGACAAGGAUUUCGAGGAGGGUUUCUACUCCAACCCUCCGGCUAAAGUCUACACGGAUAUGUCCGUGUACCAGAGGAACCUGCCCCAGAAUGCCUGGGAGGCCGGGGACAGCUUCUUCUGGGGGCGCGCCCCCGAAAAGGGGAACCACCUCACGGUGGUGCUCCAGCAGCCCGUGGUGCUGUCGGCCAUUUUGGUGGAGACCGGGUCGGGGGGGAAGGACCUGCUGGACUCGGCGCGGGUGGAGAUGGGGCGGGGCGUGGUGGUUUUGGAGGGGGGGCAGAGCUGUGGGGACUUCCUGCCGGUGGGGGUUCUGGAGAACGGGCGUCUGGAGCUAAAGGGGCUGGAUCAGAACCUCACGGCCCCCGCCUCCUGCCUCCGGGUGCUGGUCACCGCCGCCCAGAAGGACUGGGUCAUCAUCCACAAGAUCCGGGUCACCACCAGGCCGUAG